CCUCUGCGCUAGCCCCCCGAGGUGUUGCGUGAGGAGGCGCCUCCCCCGCGUUUAUGUAGUGCCUAGAUGGCGGUUGCGGGGGGGUUGCCGGGCUGGGCCGAGGCGGCGGCGACCCCUCUAGCCCUGCUGCUCGACGGCUGGGGCCGGGGCGCGGGCGCCCGCUCGCAACCAGCAGCAGCAGGGAAGGCGCCGGCCGGGCCGGGCCGAGCAGGGCGGCGCGGGCGGAUGGGAUGACGCUGCGCCGGGGGGGGGGGGGGGCACGACCGGCGCCUCCGCUCGCCUGGCGCGGCCCCUGGCCCCAGGGCAGGGCAGGCCCGGCCGAGCAUCCGAGGAGUGGCGCGGCCCAGGUUUAGAAGUGGAAAAAGUAUCAAGAUACUGGAACAGACUGAAAGAAAAGACGGGACUGUUUUGAACGCUUCUGCUGAAAGCACUGGGAGAAUUCUCUCACGCUCAUUAGAGCUCACCAGGAUCUCAGCAUGGUGAAGGAGGAGGAUAUUGUAGAUGAGAAUGAAGAUCCAGAGCCAGCUAUUGAUGCGGUCAAUGGUAUUAUUCCUGUGUAUCAGAAAACUCAGGAAGCUGCCACCUUGGACUCCAAAGGCACAGAUGGAAAUAUACAAACAGAAGCAACAGCUCUACUAAAUAACAGUGUACAGCAACCUCAGGAACCUGAGACAGAGUCCAAGUGUUCAAGGAAACUGAGGCAAAGAUGUGUUUGUCCUCCUCAAGGCUUGCUUGCCCGAAUAGUGACAAACGUUGCAGCAGUGGCUCUAGUUUGGGCUGUGGCCUGGGCUAUUACAGGGAAGGAGUGUCUGCCAGGUGGAAACUUGUUCGCAGUUUUGCUACUCUAUUUUUUUGCUGUCGCUGGAGGUAAAAUAUUUGGGCUUAUUAAAAUACCUACACUGCCACCUCUACCUCCUCUUCUUGGAAUGUUACUUGCUGGUUUUCUCAUCCGCAACACUCCUUUCAUCAGUGACAUAGUCCAGAUAAAGACAAACUGGUCAGCAGUACUGAGAAAUAUUGCCCUUUCCAUUAUCUUGAUCCGAGCAGGGCUUGGCCUUGAUGCAAAGGCACUUAUGAAAUUAAAGGCAGUCUGUCUAAGGCUUUCUUUUGGGCCCUGCAUCACAGAGACAUGUGCUGCUGCUAUUCUCUCCCAUUUCCUCCUGGGUUUGCCAUGGCAAUGGGGAUUUAUAUUAGGUUUUGUUCUAGGUGCUGUCUCUCCAGCUGUUGUAGUCCCCUCUAUGCUGAUUUUGCAGGCAGGAGGAUAUGGUGUUGAAAAGGGAAUCCCUACCUUGCUAAUGGCUUCUGGAAGCAUUGAUGACAUCUUGGCGAUCACAGGUUUCAAUACCUGUUUAGGCAUGGCUUUCUCUACAGGUUCCACUCUUUACAGUGUCCUACGAGGGGUGCUAGAGGUUGCAGUUGGAAUAGCAGCUGGUGGGCUUCUAGGAAUUUUUAUUCGAUAUUUUCCAAGCAGUGAUCAGACAUCUAUUUCAUGGAAGAGAGGAUACUUCAUAUUGGGUCUGUCCAUGUUUGCUGUUUUUGGCAGUAUACACUUUGGUUUCCCUGGAUCCGGUGGCCUCUGCACCUUGGUCAUGGCCUUCGUUGCAGGUCUGGGAUGGUCCAAUGAAAAGAAAGCAGUAGAAAAAAUUAUUGCAGUUGGCUGGGACAUCUUUCAACCCUUUCUUUUUGGUUUAAUUGGAGCAGAAAUAUCUGUUAUGUCUCUCAGACCUGAAACUGUUGGGCUCUGUAUUGCUACACUGGGUGUUGCGUUAGUUGUACGAGUCAUGGCUACGUUUCUGAUGGUAUCUUUUGCCGGAUUUAACUUCAAGGAGAAAAUAUUUGUUUCAUUGGCAUGGAUCCCCAAAGCCACCGUCCAGGCUGCAAUAGGUUCCCUUGCCCUAGAUACUGCAAGGGCACAGCAGGAUGAACAGCUGGAAAAAUAUGGCAUGGAUGUGCUGACAAUAGCAUUCCUCGCAAUCCUGAUCACAGCUCCCACUGGAGCCCUAGGUAUUGGCCUGGCAGGGCCCAAACUUCUGCAGAAGGCUCAAACAAAGAGUGGGGAAGAGGAGGACAGUGAUGCAGGAAAAGAAGAUAUAGAAGCUCCUGGGCCAUAGUAGGAAUGUAUGGAAUGGUAUGGUAUAAUGGUCUCACAAGGGCUGCCGCUGCUGUUUAGGAAAAGCAGCAUUUGUAUAAUUUGUAAAAAAACUACUUUACCAGUCAGUUACUGGUCCUACUUGACCAGCAUGCCUGGUACUUUUAUAAAAUAUUUUAAACUGUUGAUGGAACCUUAUGAGAAAAAAAAUGAACUAAACAUAGAACUGCCAUAAACAUAGGAUGGCCUGAGGAUAACUGAUGGGAUAGAGGAGUCAUUAAUUAACUGUUAAUGGGAGGGUGUAGGUGUGAGCCCUGAAAAGGAGUAGUAAUUUUUCUACCUUUUUCUCCCUGGAUCUUCAAACCUGCCUUUUAUGAUCCACUGAAAUAGUAUACACACCUUUGUAGCUGCAAGGAAUCAGAGCUAGACAGCAGGUGGUUUUGGGCUGUUAGAGGGGUGGGUGCAAGUGUAGUGUUGAUUGCCUGGUGUUAUCUGGUCUUGGGGAUGGACAAAGUUUCUUAAAGGUGGGGUGGCACCUGCUGGGCAUAUUUGACUCUCUGAACCUCCCCCCUCAAAACCCAUUACGUAUCUCUAAGGCUGCACCUGUCCUCAGCUCCUGUUGCUGCCAGAGUGCCUACUGACUUUUUUUUCCUCAAUCCAUGAGAUGCAGCCCAGCUGGGUAUCCCCUGAUGACCUACUCAGGGCUUGUACCUAACAGACUUACAAAUUAUGGUCUGUAAAUGGUACUUUCUACAUCUACUCUUUUAUAUUCUAUCAAGGUAAAAUACUAUUUAUUUAAAUUGGAGGGUCAGUAUCUUAACUGUCCUUACCUUCCUCUGAAAAAUGAAAUAUGGACCAGUUUAAUAGGUGAUUGCUAAUCAAGUGGACAGUAGUGUAAAUCACAAGUUGUCAAUUGGGGGUACGCAUACCCCCAGGGGCACUUGGGAGGGUCCUAAGAGGUAUGUGCAGGUGGGGACAGGAGGCAGGGAUGAGGAGGGCAGCGGUGCCUCUCUGUGGGCCACACAGAGGGGUGGGGGAGGCUUGUAUGCGAUGGUUGCUGCUGCUUCCCACCACUCCAGCCACACACCACCCUCCCCCCCCCGGCUCCGUGUCCAGCUGUGUGUCACCCCACAGGCUCCGCGUCUGACUGCACACCACCUCCCCCCCAGCUCCGUGUCCAGCCUCCAGGGGUACACCUACUAAAAAAGGUUGAAAGUGGCCUGUCAGAUUCAAGCAUUGUGUAUUUUUCUCCUGUGCUUGAUACAGAAGAUAAGCAAUUAGAAUUUUAAAUGAGUAUUGCUAAAAAUGAAGUGCUGGCAUAUUAUUGGCUGAUGAUCUGGGAUGGAAGAUGGCCUUUGCUGAACCAAAACUAUUCUGGAAAAAGUUAAAGUUCUAAGUGGAUGUACCUGGAGACAACAGUAUCUAUUCUUAUCACUUUUUUAUUUUUUUAAUAAGUGAGGCACAUACCUAUGAAGAAUCAUAAGCAUGGGUGUGAUAUGCUUCUUUUGAAAUACAGGUUCUAUCUGGAUGGGAAACCAUAAUCACUAGAACUGUACAUCUCAAUUCAUUCUUUUUCAGAAACAUCUCACCAGGGGGAGCAAAAGGCUGAAACAUGUUUUUCUUCAUUUUCCUUAAUGUAACAGCUCGAUAUAUCACUGCUGUAACAAAUCUUUCCUGAACAGAUUACAUUUCCAGGACAGUCUUUUGCAGUUUGCAUGUUCCUACCACCACCACCUCUAAAAUUAGAAGAAAAUUUCUUAACAGUACAACCAGUUUUUACAAAAUCAAAGUCAGAAUCCAUUCCUGCCUCAGGACUUGCCACCAGCUUAAGCUUUCCAUUAGAAAAUUUGCUUUACUGUCAAUACGCCUUUUUCAGUAAAACCAUGAAGUGACAAAGGAAUUGGCUGUCUGAGAAGCUGUUUCCCUACUCCAGCAUAAGGUAUGAUGCCAAUACAGCAUCCUUCAGGAAGAGUACUUUUUUUUUUUUUUUUUAAAUAAGGGGAGAAGACACUUCUCUCUGAACUCUGUGCAGGUAUUCAGCUGCUUGCUGAACUUCAUACAACCAAUACUGCAUUGUUCCUUUACAGCAGUAUGUAAAAUACCAUUUUUCUUUCCCUUAACUCUUGUAGGGUUUUAAUAAUAAUUUUUCCUGUCUCACACCUUUUAAUGUUAAAGUUAAAAGGGGAAGAAAUAAAUAUUUUUUUCUUUACAAGAAAGAGACAAAAUCAUAGUCUUUGCACACUAUUACACGUGCACUCUUAUCUUCCCCCUUCUGAACAAACCACAACAGCUUUAUUAAAAAUCAUAAAAUAUUUCUUUUCACCCAAGUUUUGUACAGCUGUUAUUUCAUCUUCCCCAAGUUACCACACAACACAUGUUCUCCUCUUCACCUCCAAACGCCGUGUAAGACUCAGACCAUACUGAGUGAUUAGAAACAGAUGCUUUCUAACUUGGAAUGAUUAAUUGUUACUGUGCUGCAUUAGGUAGUAUACAUGCUGUAGAUUUUAGCUGAUGGUUAUGUUUGUAUAUUGUGAAAGUUAAUGAAAGGAAUGAAUUAUUUUAAAACUGAAAAAAUUGAAAUAAAUAUUUAUCACACUUGGAA